GUGGUAGGGAUAGCAGGAGCAGUGGUGCUGUCAGUUAGGCCGUCAGAGAAAUGGGAGACCCAGGGUCCGAGAUAAUAGAAUCUGCCCUUCCAGCUGGGCCUGAGGCAUCUGAGUCAACAACGGAUGAAAAUGAAGAUGACAUUCAGUUUGUUAGUGAAGGACCAUUAAGACCUGUUCUUGAAUACAUUGACCUGGUUAGCAGUGAUGAUGAAGAGCCUAGCACCUCUCAUAGUGAUGAGAAUGUUAAACGUAAAGAUUAUAUUGAACAUCAGCAAGAUAAAGUUGCCUUAACUCUGGCUCGUCUAGCCCGCCACGUUGAAGUGGAGAAACAGCAGAAGGAGGAGAAGAAUAGAGCAUUCCGGGAAAAAGUUGAUUUUCAGCAUGCUCAUGGGUUGCAAGAAUUGGAAUUUAUUCAAGGACAUUCUGAUACAGAAGCAGCAAGACUGUGUGUGGACCAGUGGCUGAAAAUGUCAGGACUCAAAACAGGCACAAUUAAUUCUGGAACAAAAAGCUCAUUCCGAAGAGGAGGCCAAAUGCGAGUGUCUAGGAAACCUAUUUCAUGUCCCAUAAUGUACUGCAACAAGGAGUUUGACAAUGGGCACCUUCUCUUAGGACAUUUGAAAAGGUUUGAUCAUUCUCCAUGUGAUCCAACAAUUACACUGCACGGACCUUUCAUCAAUUCCUUUGCAUGUGUAGUAUGUUAUAAAAAAUUUGUUACUCAGCAGCAGUACAGGGAUCACCUUUUUGCUAAGGAAGCUGCAAAUGAUGGACAUAAAAAGAACCUUCUUCCGCAGAUUAUUCAGUGUUUUGCGUGUCCAAAUUGCUUCCUCCUUUUUAGCAGCAAGGAUGAGUGUUUGAAGCAUAUGUCUGGAAAGAAUCAUUUCCUUCAGAGUUUUAAACUGGGUGAUGACAAGGGGAUAGCACAUCCAAUAUCAUUUCCAUCUUUUGCUAAGAAACUUUUGAUCAGUCUUUGCAAAGAUGUUCCAUUUCAGGUCAAGUGUGUUGCCUGCCACCAAACACUGCGUUCUCACAUGGAGCUUACUGCCCAUUUCAGAGUUCGUUGUCGAAAUGCUGGUCCUGUAGCUGUAGCUGAGAAGAGCAUUGCCCAGGUUGCGGAGAAAUUCAUAGUAAGAGGUUAUUGCCCAUAUUGCAACCAAGUCUUUGUGGAUGAAGCCAGUACUCGGAUUCACAAACAGAAUUCAGGACACAAAGUCCAAAUCACUACUUCAAUGGAGGAAUCAGUUUUACUUUAUUGCCACAGCAAUCAAGGGAACAAACCUGCUUCUGACUUGCAUCUAUUGUUAGAUCAAUCAAAAUGUUCAUCACUUAAAAGAACUAUGUCUGUUAAAGAAUCUAGCACACAAGAUUACAGUACCAUUCCAAAAAAGAAGAUGAAUUUAGGGAGUGAAGACGAUGAGGAUAUGGUUUGUGUACAGAAAGAAAAAUCAACAGUUAAAACCUGGUUUUGUGAAUGCCAUCAACAAUUCCCAACCGAAGAUGCAGUAGAAAAGCAUGUUUUCUCGGCAAACACAAUGUGUUACAAGUGUAUGGUAUGUGGAAAGGUGUGUGAAGAUUCAGGGGUCAUCCGUUUACAUAUGAGUCGGAUUCAUGGAGGAGCACAUUUAAAUAACUUUCUUUUCUGGUGUCGGACAUGCAAAAAGGAAUUAAGGAAAGAGUCUAUUAUGGCACACGUGACUGAAUUUCAUAAUGGACACAGAUAUUUUUAUGAGACAGAUGAGAUAGCAGGUGAAGCUUUACCAUCAUCCUCUACAACACUAAGAACUAACUCGGCUGCUAAGAAGCCUUCUUCAACUAUAACUAUUAUUGAUCAUUCCACAGCAAGCAACCCUCCAAGGGGCAAAUGGCAAUGCCGGAUUUGUGAAGAUAUGUUUGAUUCCCAAGAAUGUGUCAAACAGCACUGCAUGUCUUUGGCAAGUCACCAGUUUCAUAGAUAUAGUUGUGCCCAUUGCAAAAAGACUUUCCACAAGAUUGAAACAUUAUACCGACAUUGCCAAGAUGAACAUAACAAUGAGAUAAAGAUUAAAUACUUCUGUGGGCUUUGUGAUCUUAUCUUCAAUGUAGAAGAUGCAUUCUUGAUUCAUUAUAAGGAGCGCCACAGCAUAGAUUAUGUGUUUGUGUCAGAAAAAACUGAAACUCCAAUUAAAACUGAGGAUGAUUUUCCAGUUUUAGAGACUAGCAACCUAUUAACUUGUGGUUGCCGUGAGAGUUACAUCAAUAAAAUCAACAGAAAGGAAGAUUAUAGUAGAUGUUUCCAAAUCAUGCUGGAUAAAGGUAAACUAUGGUAUCGCUGCCGUUUGUGUUCAGCAACAGCACAGAAUUUAACUGAUAUGAAAUCUCAUAUCAAUCAAGUGCACAGAGAAGAAAAGAGUGAUACGGAAGAACAGCAAUAUGUCAUUAAGUGUGGUACCUGCACCAAAGCUUUUCAUGAACCAGAGAGUGCUCAGCAGCACUUCCAUAGAAAACAUUGCUUCUUACAGAAACCCAGUGUGGCUCAUUUUGGAUCUGCAAAAGCAGGCCUGUACAAGUUUACUGCCAAUGUCACACCUACUGAGAGAAAAUUGAAACAGGGUGUAAACUAUCCAAAAAAUUCAGACAUGGAAAAAGGAGCUGAGAAUGACCAAAGCUGUCAGAAUAUAGAUGAAGAAACUGUUGAGCUUCCGGAUUUGGAUUACCUGCGAACCAUGACUCAUAUAGUCUUCGUAGAUUUUGAUAACUGGUCAAACUUUUUUGGUCAUCUACCAGGGCAUCUUAACCAAGGAACAUUUAUUUGGGGCUUUCAAGGUGGAAACACUAAUUGGAAGCCCCCACUCAACUGUAAGAUCUUUAAUUACCUGAACAAAAUUGGAUGCUUCUUUCUUCAUCCUCGCUGUAGUAAAAGAAAAGAUGCUGCUGAUUUUGCCAUAUGUAUGCAUGCUGGCCGUCUAGAUGAACAACUACCCAAGCAAAUUCCUUUCACCAUUCUCUCAGGAGAUCAAGGUUUUCUGGAGCUCGAGAAUCAAUUUAAGAAGACUCAGAGGCCAGCUCACAUCCUAAAUCCUCACCACUUAGAGGGAGAUAUGAUGUGUGCCUUGUUAAAUAGUAUAUCUGAUACUACCAAAGGUAUGCAGCUGCAGUCACAGUGCAAACUGCCCAAGAGGAGGAGAUUUCACUGCUGAAAGAAAACAAUAAACUGCUGUCCACUAAUGAA